GGGGAAAUUCAAAACCCAAAAAUGGCAAAAAGAAAAAGGUGGAAUGAAGAGGACAUGAUGCGGGCACUGGAGGAGGUUUCUGCUGGCAUGGCUGUACGCCAUGCAGCGCGCCUCUUCAAUGUCCCCCGCAACACCUUGGGGGACAGAGUGAGUGGACGGGUGACCCAUGGCUGUCGCACAGGCCGCAAGCAGUUACUGGCACCAGAGGACGAACGCUCUCUGGUGCAGUACUGCAUUUACUGUGCGCAGCAUGGGUUCCCCCUCACUAAGGCGCGGCUGCUGGCGUACGCCAACGCAGUGAGGAGGAAGAGGAGCCCUAAUGAAGAUGUGCCACCACUGGGGAAGAAGUGGUGGCACUGUUUUCGGAGGAGGCACGCUGAUGACAUUUCGAUGAGGACCCCUGAUACCAUCGACAGAGGGAGGGAAGCGUGUGCCAAGAAGGAGACGGUGGAGAGGUACUUUGACCUGCUGUCAUCCACGCUGGAAGAGCAUGGACUGUUAAACCAGCCAUCACAGAUUUACAACUGUGAUGAGACUGGCUUCCAGAUGGAUGGCAGCAGGUACAAAGUACUGACACCCCGGGGGUCCAAACAUGCUUAUCAGCAGGUCCCCGGCACCCGGGACCAUGUAUCCGUGCUGGCCUGCUUCAAUGCAGCUGGGGAGGACAUUCCACCUUUUAUUAUUUUUGCCAAACAUUUUCCUGGAGGCCCUUACACCCGAGGAGGACCCCCCAACGCUCUUUAUGGGAAAUCUCCGGCGGGGUACAUUGGCGGUGAUUUGUUCCAGCGGUGGUUUGAGCAUUUCAUCCGCCAUGCUCGGAAGGAGCGCCCUCUGCUCCUUAUCUUCGAUGGCCACAAAUCCCACCUUACACCAGAGGUCAUCGAGGCGGCAAAGAGGGAAGGUGUUGUGCUCCUGUGCCUUCCACCCCAUUGCUCCCACAUCUUGCAGCCGCUGGACGUGGGAUUCUUUGGCCCUUUAAAGACAGAGUUUGCCAAGGUGGCUGGCAAUCUCUGCCAUUUUAAACAUUCUUACAUUGUAAAUAAGACGGAAUUUGCCAAAGUUUUCUGCCACCCGUACCAGCGGCUGAAAGACCGGGGCUUUGUGGUGGAUGGGUUCAGGAAGUGCGGCAUCUUUCCUCUGAAUCCACGUGCUGUGGAUUCAAGCCGCCUCAUGCCCUCCUCCGGCCUCAGGAGUAGCGCCACCGGCACCACCACCACCACCCCGCAGGAGUCAUGGGCGUCAUCAUCCUCCUCUCCAGUGGGGGCCUCCGCAUCCACCCAAACACCCCCUCCAGGACCCUCAGCCCCUUCGAAUCAUCCCCUGGUGGCAGCAGGACUGAUCCAGCCUGACCUUGCAGAGGUCCUGACCCGGAGGAGUAUGAGAGACUCCUGUGGCAGAAGGAGGACAUGGACAGGGAGGCUGAAGAGGUGA